AUGAACAACAAUGAUCCAUUGGCGUACUCUCUUAUAGACGCAGUUAGUGCUUCUCCUAUGCAACAAGAAACACCAGCAGCAGUCCGCAACGACCAAAGAGAUUUAGAUGAAAGAGUUCCCUAUUUGACUGAAUGUAGAUGUGAAGAAAUCGAGGGUCUUGUUCAUGUUUACAAUAAUGGCGGUUCCAAGUCGAGUAUUCGAGGUUAUGAGUAUGAAACUUGUAAAAACGGAGGCAAGCAUUUUGUGAUUGACGGUAAUAAGCAGACUUGUCCGCAUUGCAAUGAAUUCAGAAACAAGAAUCAGAAUAAUCAGGAACCUGCAAUAACCACCACCAUCAUGUCCCUCGUGAACUGGGAAACAAGUCAAGUUCAAAUUCGUGAUUUUUUCGACGGUCAAGAUUACAAGGAAUUUGAGUUCACCAAUCCAGAUGAUGUUCCUAUCGCUUUCUAUACUGAUGGUUUCACUAACCGCACCAAACAGAUGACAAUUCACGCUAUGAUCCACGCAAUUACCUUCAACUUCUACCCUUAUAUUAGUCAUUUAUGCCUUUCCUCCAUAUUGCCAGGUCCAAAAAAACGAAAGGAUUUGGAUUUGUUUUUGAUGCCUAAUAUUAUGGAAUUGAAGGACGUCUUGGUUCAUCGGAUGAUAAUCAAACAAAAUGAGGAAAGAUUUUGUGGAACUAAAGGACAGCAACAGAGAAUCGACAUGAGGGGGAUGACCUUGGACGAUAGUUUCGCAUCUUUAAGACCUUCAUCCGAUUUCAAGCAAAGCAAUCCUGUAAGCUAAAAUUAAUUAGUUAACUACUAUGGUUGUAAUUACAUUUAUUUAAAUGUCAAGGCUACGAACAUAUAUCAGUCAAGCAUCUUCAAGGGAUUUCUUUCGUUUUCGGGUUCAUAGGUUUUUUUGCAUUGGAAUAGUUACAUUUGAUAACUAGAG